AUGCUUUCUGAAAGCAGCUCCUUUUUGAAGGGUGUGAUGCUUGGAAGCAUUUCCUGUGCUUUGAUCACUAUGCUAGGACACGUUAGGAUGGGUCAUGGAGAUAGAAUGCACCACCAUGAGCAUCAUCACCUCCAAGCUCCUAACAAAGAAGAUAUCUUGAAAAUUUCAGAGGAUGAACGCGUGGAGCACAGUAAGAAUUUUCGAGUAUACUGCAUCAUCCUUGUAAAACCCAAAGAUGUGAGUCUUUGGGCUGCAGUGAAGGAGACUUGGACCAAACACUGUGACAAAGCAGAGUUCUUCAGUUCUGAAAACGUGAAAGUGUUUGAGUCAGUUAAUAUGGAAACAAAUGACAUGUGGUUAAUGAUGAGAAAAUCUUAUAAAUAUGCCUUUGAUAAGUAUAGAGACCAGUACAACUGGUUCUUCCUCGCACGCCCCACUACGUUUGCUAUUCUUGAAAACCUAAAAUAUUUUUUAUUAAAAAAAGACCCAUCACAGCCUUUCUAUCUAGGUCACACUAUAAAAUCUGGAGACCUUGAAUAUGUGAAUGUGGAAGGAGGAAUUGUCUUAAGUAUAGAAUCAAUGAAAAGACUUGACAGCCUUCUCAAUAUCCCUGAAAAGUGUCCUGAACAAGGAGGGAUGAUUUGGAAGAUAUCUGAAGAUAAGCAGCUAGCGGUCUGCCUGAAAUAUGCUGGAGUGUUUGCAGAAAAUGCAGAAGAUGCUGAUGGAAAAGAUGUGUUUAAUACCAAAUCUGUUGGGCUUUUUAUUAAAGAGGCAAUGACUAAUCACCCCAACGAGGUAGUAGAGGGAUGUUGUUCAGAUAUGGCGGUUACUUUUAAUGGACUGACUCCUAAUCAGAUGCAUGUGAUGAUGUACGGGGUAUACCGUCUCAGGGCCUUUGGGCAUAUUUUCAAUGAUGCAUUUGUUUUCUUACCUCCAAAUGGUUCUGACAAUGACUGA